UUUUUUUUGUUUGUUUGCUGGGUGUUUUAUUGAAGCAGUUGGAUAGAUUUUAGUGUGGAUAUUGUGUAGCAGAAACGAGUGCCGAGAUGCAGAUAAAAAAUAAGAACAUGACGUGGAAGAUUGGAGUGAUUGGUGUUGUGCUACUUAUGGUCACGCGGAGAGCUCAGGGUAUUUUGGGCAAGUCACAGAUGUGUGAAGUUGAGACUGGACAAACAAAUAUUAUUUUGGAUAUUGAGGAGAGCAGAGGGAAUUAUGUCGGCCAACAAACAAAUCCACCCGAACUCCCAAUCUUUGGUGAUCCGUUCACGGAAAUUGCACUCGAUCUAGUCUUCCCAAAGGGUAAUCCAACAUUUUUGCUGAAUGGCAAGAAGCUGCAGCUGCUGCAACCACUCGACCGAGAUGAAGAAAAUCUCAGUCAUAUUGUCUUCCAGGUGUCAUGUACGAUACGAUCGUCGAACAAGAAACGUAACAUUCCGAUCAUUGUGCGUGUGUCAGAUGUCAACGACAAUGCACCAAGAUUUAUGAACACACCCUACGAGGUUACAGUAGCUGAGUCUACACCCGUUGGCACAACGAUAUUUCGCAACAUUCAAGCCCUCGAUAAGGAUGCUGGAGUUAAUGGACUUGUUGAGUAUUUUCUUGUGGAAGGUAGAACGAAUACCACGGAGGAUGAGAAAAUGACUAUUGCCGAUGGCUAUGACACUUUUGCUAUUUCAUUUCCACAUCAAGGACAGGUGACGGUUGCUAAGACAUUGGAUUAUGAAAAAGUUCAACGAUAUUACCUGACGGUUGUCGCAUCGGAUCGAGCUCGUAAUGUAUCUGAACGACUCUCCUCCACUACAACCCUCACAGUCAACAUAGCCGACUCGGAUGACCUAGAUCCCUCGUUCAUCUAUCGCGGUUGUGUUCUUCUCGAUGGAGCUUGCAUUAACCCAGAGUAUUCGGCCUCAGUUCCAGCGGGUUCACUUCAAGGUGUCCUCAGUGUCUCACCCGAACGUAUUCAAGCUGUAGAUCUCGAUACGAUAAGCUCCCCCAUUCGCUAUUCCUUUGCCAGUGGAAUGCCAGGUAAUUAUGGUGACUAUUUUGAAAUCGAUGAGCAGACAGGUGUCUUGAAGCAGAUAAAAGCUGUCGAUACGUCGACAGCUAAGAAAUAUGACAUCAUCGUUAAAGCCGAAGAGGUAUCGGAAGCCAAACGCUUUACUACCGCCAAACUGACAAUUAUGGUAAAACCUGUGGAUGCGAAUCCACCAAUUAUCGCUGCAUCUGAUAUCGAAGGUUAUGUGGAAGAAAACUCCAUGAUCGGUACUCGGGUCUUAGAUGCCAGUGGAAAACCGAUAUCCUUCCAAACAAGCGAUGCUGAUCUGGGCGAGGAUGACCCAAAGCCAGCAUAUAUCUACGAACUGACAACACCAUCAUUCGAUGUUACCAAAGAUGGUAUUUUGAUCGUUAACGAGGAGUCACUCGAUCGCGAUCCACCAAAUCCGGGUAAAUUUAAAUUUCAGGUUGUUGCCCGCGAACCGAAAACCAAUGCCGCCAGUGCACCAUUGAGUUUGACUGUGCACCUGAAGGAUGUCAAUGAUAAUGCGCCCAAGCUGGCAAUGGUCGCUCCAAUAUCGAUUACCGCUGGCGAUGGCAAACGCCUGGUGACACAGGUCACGGCGACAGACAAUGACGAGGGUGAGAAUGCAGUGAUCACGUAUUCGAUAUAUCAUGUCUCCAACAAUGGUAUCAAUAAAUUUGCCAUUGACGAACGGACAGGUAAAAUAGAGACUCGUGGCAGGACUAUGGCUGGCGAGCAAUACAGUAUAACAGUGCAGGCAGCUGACAUUGGCGGAUUGAGUUCACAGGCAAUCGUUGAGGUUUCAGUAAUGCCGGGACCCAACACGAAGCCACCACGAUUCUUAAAGCCUGUAUACGAGGUGCAAGUGAGUGAAGGUGCAGAAAUAAAUUCUACAGUAACCGUUGUUAAGGCAGAAGAUCCCGAAAGCGAUCCUGUCACAUAUUCCAUUUCGUCGGGCAAUGAUUUGCGACAGUUUUCAAUUGGCCAAGAGAAUGGAGUCAUUGUGGUAAUACGAAAAUUGGAUCGUGAAAGUCUAACUCGAUAUCAGUUAAUAAUUAAAGCUGAAGAUAAUGGUGGAUUGUCGAGUACGGCAACAGUGAAUGUCAAGGUGACAGAUAUCAAUGACAAGAAUCCAGAAUUUGAUGAAGAAACCUUGCCGUAUGUGUUUAAUGUUGAAGAGGGUAAAGCUGGCGCUUUUGUGGGCAUUGUACAUGCUACAGAUGCCGAUGAAGGUAUCAAUGCUGAGAUAACCUAUUCGAUACCAACUGACAUUCCAUUCACGAUUGAUCCGACAACAGGUGAGAUUCGUACGAAGACCAAACUGGACUAUGAAAGACAGACAGAGUAUAAGUUUGUUGUGACAGCUAAGGAUGGAGCUCCGGAUGCAAGAUUGGGAACGGCAAGUGUCACGGUUUUGGUGCGUGACAUUCCGGAUGAGGUGCCGAAGUUCACCGAUUCACGAGUUGAUGUCCGAGUGCCGGAAAAUGUACCAGAUCUCUUAAUUGCCACAGUGCAAGCGGUCGAUCCCGAUACAGUCCAAGAAAUCACAUACACUCUGAGAAAGGGUGCGACAGAGUUGUUUAAGGUUGAUCCCAAGACGGGACAGAUUAAGACAACAAAAGGUUUGGAUUAUGAAAAGGAGAAGCAACAUGAGUUGAUUGUUGGCACGAUUGAGAAUGAUGGUGAAGGGCCUGGUGACACGAUCAAGAUCAUAAUCGAUGUCGAUGAUCGAAAUGACAUUCCGCCAGUUUUUGUUUCUGUACCCGAACCGAAGACUGUGAAUGAUGAUCAGCCAAUUGGGACGAUAAUUGACACAAUGGCAGCGAUUGAUGGUGAUGGUUCGUCACCGGGCAAUGUGGUUCGUUAUGAAAUGGUUGGCAGGGGUAAGGCGUUAAAAUACUUCCAAGUUGAUCCCGACACAGGGACUGUGAGAAUUCGUGACGAACUUAGGAAAGAGGAAGAUACAGAGUAUCAAAUUGAUAUUAGAGCUUAUGAUAUGGGUGAGCCACAGUUGAGUUCCGUCGCCACAUUGCCGGUAUUUGUGAGACAUUUGCUAACCGAUCCAUCAGUUGAUGAUCCAACAAUGGAGGGUAAAAUGGACACUGGAGUGAUCAUGAGUCCAGAGAGUUUAGGAUUGGCGUUUAGUGAUGACAGUUAUACAACAGGUGUUCCAGAAACAACUGGCAUCAAUGCAACUAUCAAACUGAUCCAGAUCAUAAACUCAAAGAAGGCCGCCAAAGCGAACCCAGGUUUCAAGUGUGAAAUCGUUGAUGGGAAUGAAAGGGGGCUAUUCGGAGUGAGUAUUGAAGAUCAUGGAUGUGGAAUCGUUCUGCUGAAACGACUUGAUUAUGAGAAUCAAACUUCACAUGGGUUAAAAUUGAAGUUAGUCUCCCACAAGUAUUUUGUGAAUCCACAAAAGAGUAUGACUUCGGUCAAGAUCAUUGUCCAAGAUGAGAAUGAUAAUGCUCCAGAGUUCACAUUCAAUCGAAUUCAGGGAAAACCUGACACAUUCUAUGGAGUAGUUGGACCAGAUGUGGACAUUGACACACCGAUCUUGCAGGUGCAUGCCACUGAUCGCGAUUCGGGCAGAUAUGGAAUGAUCCGGUACAAGAUCUAUGACGAAGAGGACAACACCAUCAGUGAGGUACAAUUGCCAACAACCUACUUUACAAUGAGUGAAACAACAGGAAUUCUCAAGACAGCCAAACUCCUUCGUGGCAGUGUCACAUUUCCGAUGCGUUUCUUUGUUGAAGCGCGUGACAAUGACGGACAAGAGGAUGGAUCACACCGGACGAGAGCACGAAUUGUUGUCAAUCAAAUAACAGAUUUGAAUCGCAUGACAUUGGUAUUUUCCGAUUCGACACCGAAUGAAAUACGCAGUCACUAUACACAAUUGGAGGAACUACUGGAAGAGAAGACAAAUGGAAUGAUUGGCGGUAUUGAAAGGUUUAGCAAUCGAAAAUUUCUCAAUGAGAAUGGCAGCAUAAUGGAAAAUCCUGCGGCGACAGAUGUCUGGUUUUACAUUAUCGAUCCGGAGACAGAAACAAUUCUUAGACGCAAUGACAGUGUUGUGAGUGAAAGUCUGUUGGAGCCGACAGCUCAGGCAGAGAUAAAUUUUGCUGCAUCGGGGAUAGCUAGAGCUACGGCACAGGGGAUAUUUGGACCGAUUGAAGCUAGACAUCAAGUUCAUAAGAUAAAAGCUGCUAUUGCAAUUAAUGAUGAAGUCUUUCCGUACACUUUGAUUGCUGUUUCGUUGAUAAUUCUUAUUCUGGGAACGAUAGGAAUUAUUUACAUUUGUAUUUCUUGGUCAAAGUACAAAAACUUUAAACAACGCAUGCGUCAGUAUUCAGCACCAUCAAGUCCAACUCGUUACGAUCCAGUGAUAGUUGGAUCACAAAAUGGUGAGCAAGUAACGAAUCUCAAGGAGUAUGAAACUCAAGUCCUUGCAAUGGCAGUUCCACCGGAUGGUGAUGAUGAUCUUCAGCUGGAUUUUAGUGCAAAAAAUCAUGCUUUCAGUUUAGAUAGUGUAAGCUACAUAACUCACAAGGAAAAUGGUCAAUCAAGUCCGUCACAUUCAGAAGCUACAACAGCGACAACAGCAACUUUGCGGCGAAACAAUAAUAAUAACAACAAUGUAAAUAACAAUAUGAACAAUAGACAGAAUACAUUUAACAGGACUCUGGAAAUGAAUAGAAAUAAUGCCAAUCCUUUGGCGUCAAAUGGUACUUUGCCGGGAACUCUUACGUUAGGCAGGAUAAAACAGAAUACAAAUCACUAUCAAAAUGGAGGUUAUAAGUUGGAUACAAUAAGCAGAAAUAAUUUGGCUAAUAUGCCAAAUAAUGCUUAUAGUACUUUAGGGAGGCGAGGGAAUACCUUUGGGAGUGGACAGAAUACGCCAAAUGAUAGCCAAGGGGAAUUGAUGACAAAUACCCUGGGGAGGAAUAAUAAUCAUAGGGGUUAUGGGGAAAUUCCCAUUGCCAAUCCUCUGUUUCAAAGAUCUAAUGGGGAUCUAAGUCAUAUUAGUGCGACCAAUGAGAAUGUUUCAUUUGGCAAACGUGACUAUGGCCAAAUGGGAUUCUCAUAUCUUAAUGAUUUGGAUAGAUCAGAAGUCGAAACUACAACGGAGUUGUAAAUAAUGAUAUUAUUUUCAAAGAACAAAACUGCCACUUACCGCCGCCGAGGUCAAUAAGUAUACAGAUACACAGAUGUAUCCUCAAAGUUAUUUUAUUAGAAA